AUGAACAACGUCAUCGUUGAAGCCAACGUGAACGCUAAAUGGAGUGGCUUUAAAGAACUAGGAUCGGCGUGGAAGAAUUAUCAUUUACAAAUUAUCAAAUUAGCGGGAAAAUUAUGUUGUCAAUUGAAAGCCAUCCAUGACGUGGAAAAAAAAUUUGUGUUGUCAGGCAACAUCAAAUCGGUGACCCACUCGGCAUCUGGUUGUAUUAUUUCUUUACAAGAUCAAAAUCAAAUUGUCUUACGAUGCCAUUCCAAAAGUGGUCAUAAUGAGUUGGAUAAGAUUGUACACACAUUACGAGAUAUACAAGAAGGGAAAUUAAAAGCAUGUGGCCUAAUGUCCGCUCGUGAAAGGUCAAAUUGUUCAGAUCUUAUGAAUGUUGCCAAUUCGCCCAAGAUGCACAACAAAGCUUUAGAGUCAUUCAAUGAUCAGUCUUUAAUAACUACUACUGUAUCUAAACGCAACUGGGAUCGUUCAGACAGCAGCAAGAUCAAUCAUGCUCGUCAUUAUUUGGUAUCGUCUGCAGCGGCUAGUGAUAGGUCUUCAGUGAAUGCUGUUCCUGCUCAAGAAAAAAAUGGAGCUACCCCACCUUCUCUCAAAUUAAAGACCAAGACGAAUCGGAAAGCUUUGCACUCUAUCGACCAGAAUAUCCGUCGUAAUGUAUCACCGCUGGCAAGUCAAGUUGGUUUGCGCCAUAGUAAUCAAGGUAGUUUAAGUACUGGUUGUCUGAAUAAAUUCCUAACCAGCAAAAGGAAAAUAUUAUCAGAUGCACGAAAUCAGACUGAAUCAUCAACACCGAAAAAGUUUUGUAACUAUCAAACUAGUUCGUACUCAGAUUCGAAAAUUGUUCGAAAGAAUUUAAACAUGGUCUGGGAUAAUUCUGAUGCAGACAACAAAAAGUUAAAGGAAAUAAAAGGGUUUGCGAAUGUAGGGAGAACUUGCUACAUGAAUGCAGUAUUACAAGCUCUUCUCGCUUUACAUCCGUUUUUAUGUGAUCUUGAGAAUAAGUUCCUUCAAGAUGGUGCUACUGAUGACUUUGUAAUUAGGAUUUUAAAUACCUUAGCUUCUGAUAGAAAGGCAUCGAAAUAUGUUGACCAAUCAACAACUUUGACACAGCUGAAAGAGACCAUUGGUAACUUUAAUCAGUAUUUAAAGGAAUACGUGCAACAGGAUGCUCAUGAAUUUCUAAGCACCUGUUUGGAUAAAAUCAAGGAAGAAACCAAAGAAGUAGCAUUGCUUAGCGUAAAAGCUGAUCAAGCGGAUAACGUUUCCGAACUUUGUCCAGUUACUCUUAAUUUUGAAAGUUUAUUUAUCCGUCGAACAACUUGCAAUUUAUGUCAAGGCGGUUCUAAAUAUAAUGAGCCACAUCUUAUUAUUAAUCUUCAGCUACCGGUAUUGGAUUCGCUAACUUCAACUACUCCAAAUGAAAUUUCUUUACAAGAUUUGGUUAAGAGCGCGUUUGAGACGUGCACUUUUCAAGUGAUCUUUAUCAAUUUUACACCAACAGAACCAUUUUGUGAUGAAAAUCCGAACAUCUUUACUGUACAGAAAGCUUCUUCCGAAUUGGCUGUUAUGAGGAAGAGCAUGGUGGCUAUGGAUAACCAGCCAUCCGUUCGAAGACAACUUAAUUUGGAGAACGAGUUACCUCCUGACACAACGGCUACUUUGAAUGAUUAUGGAUUAGGUCACUAUAUUUGCGACGUCUUUGAUCACUAUAAUUCAAAGUGGAUUUCUUGCGAUGACUCGAUUCAGGAUGAGACUACUGAGAGUGCUGUUAUCAAUGAGAGGAGAAGAAUAGGCUGUAUCUUUUUCUAUACGGCUUGGCUUGAUGACUUGUAG